AUGGAGACCAUGGCGAGCCCCGGGAAAGACAAUUAUCGAAUGAAGAGCUAUAAGAACAAUGCCCUAAACCCUGAGGAAAUGAGACGAAGAAGAGAGGAGGAGGGCAUUCAGCUCCGGAAGCAGAAACGGGAGCAACAAGAGAGUGUGAUCACACGAGAGAUGGUGGAGAUGCUCUUUUCUGAUGAUUCUGACCUGCAAUUAGCAACCACACAGAAAUUCCGGAAACUGCUCUCCAAAGAGCCUAGUCCUCCAAUAGAUGAAGUUAUCAACACUCCAGGAGUGGUCGAUCGGUUUGUGGAGUUUCUGAAGAGGAAUGAGAAUUGUACAUUACAGUUUGAAGCUGCCUGGGCUCUAACGAACAUUGCCUCUGGAACCUCUCAGCAGACCAAGAUUGUCAUUGAAGCAGGGGCAGUCCCCAUUUUUAUAGAGCUGCUUAACUCGGACUUUGAGGAUGUACAGGAACAGGCAGUCUGGGCACUUGGAAACAUAGCUGGAGACAGCUCCGUUUGCCGAGAUUACGUCUUGAACUGUUCCAUCCUUAAUCCUUUGUUAACACUCCUUACCAAGUCCACACGACUGACAAUGACACGGAAUGCAGUCUGGGCCCUGUCAAACCUCUGCCGAGGAAAGAACCCACCGCCAGAGUUUGCAAAGGUCUCCCCUUGUUUACCUGUGCUGUCUCGCCUACUCUUCAGCAGUGACUCAGACUUGCUGGCAGAUGCUUGCUGGGCCCUUUCUUAUCUGUCCGAUGGCCCCAACGAAAAGAUCCAGGCAGUCAUAGAUUCUGGAGUCUGCCGAAGAUUGGUAGAGCUUCUAAUGCACAAUGACUACAAAGUGGCCUCUCCUGCCCUGAGAGCAGUGGGUAACAUUGUCACCGGGGAUGACAUCCAAACCCAGGUCAUUCUUAACUGUUCAGCCCUCCCUUGCCUGCUCCACUUGCUGAGCAGCCCCAAGGAGUCAAUCCGGAAGGAAGCUUGCUGGACCAUUUCAAAUAUCACUGCUGGCAACAGGGCUCAAAUACAGGCUGUCAUAGAUGCAAAUAUCUUCCCUGUGUUGAUCGAAAUCCUUCAAAAAGCAGAGUUCCGUACAAGGAAAGAGGCAGCCUGGGCCAUCACCAAUGCUACAUCAGGAGGAACACCUGAGCAGAUCAGGUACCUGGUCUCACUGGGCUGCAUCAAACCCUUGUGCGACUUGCUGACUGUGAUGGAUUCGAAGAUUGUGCAGGUGGCCCUCAAUGGGUUAGAGAACAUCCUUCGGCUUGGAGAGCAAGAGGGCAAGCGCAGUGGCUCAGGGGUCAACCCGUACUGUGGCCUCAUUGAGGAAGCCUAUGGCUUGGAUAAAAUUGAGUUUCUCCAGAGCCAUGAGAACCAGGAAAUCUACCAGAAGGCCUUCGACCUCAUUGAGCACUACUUUGGUGUAGAAGAUGAUGAUAGCAGCCUGGCUCCCCAAGUGGAUGAGACACAACAGCAGUUCAUCUUCCAGCAGCCUGAGGCCCCCAUGGAGGGCUUCCAGCUAUAAUGUCUGCCUCCGGGGAGGGGAGGGGAUGGGAAGCACCACCAACCAGCGGAAAAGCAGCCCUCUGGUGGGCGGGAAACCAGCCCCCCCAUCAUCAGCCACCACACACCUCUGCUGCCCUGGAAACUGUGCUCUUGACCUGCUCCGCCCCCUUCCCUGGAGGGAGCACCCUCUGGACAGACAGAACCAUCUGAGGCUCACAUUUGGGUUUUGUGACAAGAAGGGGACGUGUUGGGUUUUUCUUCCUUACACUAUAUUUUGGCUGCACAUAUGUCUUUAACCCAGGAGCCCAGGGGUAGACAAAGGAGGACUGAGGUAAUCAAUUUUGCACCUUUUUAAAUUUUUUUUUUUUCCUUUAGUGGUGACUUCCUUCCCUUUUAUCUUCCUUCAUCCUUCCCAGUUCUCUGCCCUGAUCUGUGUAACUCUUAUCUUGGGUACUUGAGCAGAUGGAAUAUUCCAGAGGUGGGGGGGUGGGAGGGGAGGGGAGAAAUUCAAAACAAAGUGUUCUUGCUCUGACAGAAUAUUAAUCUUGUAUGCUU